AUGUCUCCCAUCUCUGGCCUCCUGCUCCUCGUCUCCUUCCUGAUUUCAUCAGCUAGAUCUGCAAGUGUUGGACGAGUCGACAUUUGUGGCAUAACAACAGAUGGAACGACACUUGAUGCCACUAUGCCUAGCUCUCUAAUCACUUUAAACAACACUGUAGUGAAUUUUGAUGGUCCUACCAUGACAUUGGCAUUAACAAUGUCUGGAUUGCUGGCUUCACCUAUUGGAACGGCGUGUGUUGGACAGGGGUGUGGAGCUAAUCCUCAGAUGUUGAUCAACAUCAAAACAUUCGGAAUGGUGUUGAUUACAGCUACAGCUCCACUAUGUGCUCUAGUGUCAUGUCCCAUGCAAGCUGGUGAUUUCAACUUUACUUAUUCAUUGACGUUACCAGUAACUGGACUCCCACCGUCGCUCUUCUCAAGUGGUGGACCACCGAUUCUCGAAUUCGAUAUCAACACUCUGUGGUAUUCAGAUCCUGCUGUUUCACCUACAUUCAAGACUGAUUUCUUGGUGUCGGGCGCUACAGCCAAUAACUUCAUUUCGUGUAAUACGAUUCGGUUUGAAAUGCGAAACACAGCAUAUAACCUCGGCCUAUCCCUCGGCACGGCCGGCGUUGCCAUAAUCUCUGGAAUAGCCACAAUCCUUGCCUCAGCAUCGAACAUUGCAUUCAACACCCUCGUAUCCCGAGACGUGACAUACAAUCCAGACCCAGUUACAAUUAUCAUGUUUGUGCAAUUCGCUUCUAGGUUGGGACAAUUGUCAAUUGAUUAUCCACCUACGUAUCAAGGAUUUACCGGCAAAUUGGGAUGGGCUUCGUUGAGUUUUCCGUGGACGACACUGCCUGCUUAUUUGCAGCCUGCUUCCCAGAUGGUUACGGUUGUGAGUGGAGCUGCUAAUGAGGCUUCGUUUCCUAUUUUGAAGAAGAGGGGGGCUGAUUAUUCUAGUUCCGGGUUGGGUGUUGUUACUGGCUUGGACCUAUGGGCACUGAUUGUCGGCGUAGCACCUGGAUCGCUCCUAUUCGGAGUCCUAUCUGUCUUGGCCAUCGCCAUCGGAGCCGUCGUCAUUGGCCUACCAGUCUUUACCCUCCUCUUAUCACGCUCCAUGAUCAAAACCGACUCUGUCGAAUCAUUCUUUGGAGCAUUCAAAAAACUCGCCUUUUAUUUCUGUGGUAUCCUCACACGGGUAUUCAUCGUCGCCAUGAUUCCUGUCCUCACAGUCAGUUUCAGAACCUUCCAAACUCAAGCUACAAGCCUCAACUUUAUCAUUGCAAUUAUCGCUGUUGCGCUUUACGCGAUCUUGUUGAUUGGUGCUGCAGCUGCUAUUGUGCAUACCAAGAGGAAGGAUCUUGAUUCGAGUGAUUCUAAAGUUAAUAUUAUUUUGGGACCAUUGUUUGCUGUGUAUCAUCCCAUGGAUUGGACCAUGUUCUUUGUGGACUAUGUUUACGGAAUUGGACAGGCUGUUGCUGUUGGAUUAAUUGGAUCUAACGGUCUCGCUCAAUGCAUCAUUCUUGGAUCGACGGAAGUUAUUAUGCUCUUCUUUUACGUUAUCUUGAGACCACGUAAAGGAGUGUUUGCCAAUAUCGUACUCAUCUUGACAAGUAUUAUACGAUGUGCCUGUGUGGGAAUUGCAUGGACUUUUUUGCCUCGUUUCAACUUUACCAAUGACAUGAAGGCAAUGCUUGGAUAUGCCGAAAUAGCACUCUUCCUAGUCCUCAUGAUCGUAUUCCUAAUCAUCUCGCUCAUCAACCUCAUUCGCGGCAUUGUCUUUGCCAUCAAGAGCUGCCAUAGAAGCCGCAAGACACACCGUGUUUCACCUAUCGUCUACACAAAUCAAAACAAGAGACCGCCAUACUGGAGGUCGAAGGUACAUCCAUCAUCGGAGAGCGAAGAGGGUGGAACUAGAUUGCUGGCUAAGAAUAGGAAGGCGAAGAAGAGUGCUGCUAUGUCGCCAGCAUAA